GCAGUGAUGUCACACAUAAAUGAUUUAGGCCUGAUGGACUACUGUGGCCAACAGAGGCAAGUGAUUGGCUAAUAUCAGUACUAGCUAAAGAUGAUUAGACCUUCUACUGCACCAUCACCAGACCCCAAGGGAGAAAUAGAAGCUGCAGGUUGUUAAGGCAAGAUGAUAGCUGAUGACUCCUCAAGCAGUGCAAGUACUUUCUCUCUCAAAUCAACACUUUUCUGUGAAGACACUGAGGCGAUGAUGGGAUUUAUUUCCCCUCGUCACAAAGGGUGACUCUUUACUUCAAUGGCAACAUUUGUUCUCUGCUUCCAGCCUGGUUCUGGUCUCUUGAUAAAUGACUGCAGCGUUAAAACGACACACGACGCUGAAGGUUUCCAUCCCAGAGUGUCGUCAGAGACAGCAGGGAGAAACCACUACACCUAAGGGGGGGAAGCAGAGUAAUGCACAGACACACUUAUGAAACGCUGGCGGAGACAGACAAUUCCCAGAGAAUGUUGGACAGAGAUUCAGCACAGCAUCUGAAGCUGAGGGACGGACAACUCUUUUUUGAAGAAGUCUACCACCAGGAUGUGAACAACUACCUUCCUUCAGCCCACCUGCAGAUAGACAGCAGAAAACCCCCCAUGGGAAGCAUCUCAUCCAUGGAGGUGAACGUGGAUGUGCUGGAGCAAAUGGACCUGAUGGACGUCUCGGACCAGGAGGCCCUGGAUGUGUUCCUCAACUCAGGCUCCGAAGCAGAUGAGGGAGCGCUUGCAUCCCCACAGCCUGAGGUGGAGGACGAUGGUGAAAAUGAAGAAGCUGAGGUUGUCUACCGGCUCUGUCCACCUUUGCCACGGCAAAAUGAAGACCUCAACGGGUCCAAAUCUCGAAUGUCGUCGACGUCAUCGGACUCCAGCGAUACCAGUGGGGACACACCUGUGAUCCAGUCAGAUGAUGAGGACGUUAAGGCCGACACACAACUGCUGACCUCUGUUGCUCAGCCCGGGGACGAAGAAACAGAGGAUGAAUAAGAGGAUCAAAAAGGUUCUGGUACUAAACCUUCACAAAGACCGAAGGAAAGAUAAGCAGACAAGGCUCAACCCCACACCUGCCGUUUGCUUUGGGGUUCUCCAACUACUUGAACUUCAACAACUGCACUCCAAUGAUGUCAUCAGUAAUGUUGUACAUCUGUUUAACCUCCCUUACACAAAUAUGGAUGUUUCGGACAAAACCUGUUGUGUGCACCUGCAAGUAUACCCAUGACCACAAAUGCCAAACACAUCCCCUUUGUGACGAUCUUUAUUUAGCUUACGCAACAGCUUUGUGUUGCAUGACUCAAGCUGGAGUGACAGCUGUUAUUAAUGGCUAUGUACACUACUUACUAUUCUUCCUCUCCCCGCCUGUCAAAUGACCCAAGAUGUAUGUUUAACAGACAAAGAUAUGCUUGUUAAAGCAAAGAGUGAGUUUCUUUGUGUGGUUGUGGGAUAGAAAAGUCGGUACUUCAUCAAUACGAUAAUGGAAAGAAAGCAGAACAUGUAUCAAUCAAUCAAUGUUUAUUUAUAUAGCCCCACAUCACAAAUGUCUCAAAGGACUGCACAAAAGGGCAAGGAAAACUCACACUCAGUGGGACGCCAGUGACAAUGCUGACUAUGAGAAACCUUGGAGAGGACCUCAGAAAGCAAUGGAUGUCGAGCGGGUCUAACAUGAUACUGUGAAAGUUCAAUCCAUAGUGGCUCCAACACAGCCGCGAGAGUUCAGUUCAAAGCGGAUCCAAGACAGCAGCGAGAGUCCCGUCCACAGGAAACCAUCUCAAGCGGAGGCGGAUCAGCAGCGUAGAGAUGUCCCCAACUGAUACAGGCGAGCGGUCCAUCCUGGGUCUCGAUUCUGGACAGCCAGUACUUCAUCCAUGGUCAUCGGACCGGACCCCCUGCACAAGGAAGGGGGGGGGACAUAGGAGAAAGAAAAGAAGCGGCAGAUCAACUGGUCUAAAAAGGAGGUCUAUUUAAAGGCUAGAGUAUACAGAUGAGUUUUAAGGUGAGACUUAAAUGCUUCUACUGAGGUAGCAUCUCGAACUGUUACCGGGAGGGCAUUCCAGAGUACUGGAGCCCGAACGGAAAACGCUGUAUAGCCCGCAGACUUUUUUUGGGGCUCUAGGAAUCACUAAUACGCCGGAGUCUUUUGAACGCAGAUUUCUUGCCGGGACAUAUGGUACAAUACAAUCGGCAAGAUAGGCUCGAGCUAGACCGUGUAGUAUUUUACACGUAUUUAGUAAAACCUUAAAGUCACAGGCGUAAUGUGAUCAAGCUUUCUUGUUCUUGUCAAAAGUCUAGCAGCCGCAUUUUGUACCAACUGUAAUCUUUUAAUGCUAGACAUGGGGAGACCCGAAAAUAAUACGUUACAGUAAUCGAGACGAGACGUAACAAACGCAUGGAUAAUGAUCUCGGCGUCUUUAGUGGACAAAAUUGAGCGAAUUUUAGCGAUAUUACGGAGAUGAAAGAAGGCCGUUUUAGUAACGCUUUUAAUGUGUGCCUCAAAGGAGAGAGUUGGGUCGAAGAUAAUACCCAGAUUUUUUAAAUUUUGUAAUUGCUUUCUUUCCUACACUUUAUUGAUGGUAGACUUCAUGCCCUGACUUGAAGUGGCUGAGAACCAUUCCGUACGAGCCUGAUAUAUAUCCCAAAUAAGAAGUGCUACACGGAGUGUGCGAGCUAUGUAAUCACAGAUUAAUUAUUACGCAGUUAUUAGUUUGUGUACAAUUGAAAACAAGUAUAAAAGUCCUAAAUGAGGAUUCUGUGUGUAAUACCUGCUAUUAAUUACCAUGGUUACACUCAUUUCCUGCAAAUCAAUCUACUGUCUGCUACCUGCCACCAUUUCUGCAAAAUACAAGUGCAAUGUAGACAACAGAACUCAUGUUUAGCACGCUAAACCUGCACUCUGGGAAACCACACAAUGGCCGUUGUUAGCACCAGGGCAAUUAUUGCCGUGGUGUACUGGAAUGAUCCAGACACAAGAAAAUGCACGUUGUUGUUGUCAGACAGGGCAUAUAUGAAUAAUAAUCAAUCAGUUGAGAAUACAUCUUUAGAAGAGAUGUCAAUAAUAUAAUCCUUAUAUGAACAAAUGCUAUCAAACAACACCCACAGGAAACAAAAACUCCUAUGUAGGUCUGACUUAGACCCAAUUUUCAUACACUCACUUCUUUCAGCAAAAAUCUACAGGAAGUUGGCAAAACCCCCUUCAAAAUAACAUUUUCGCAAAAAAUGCAAUUUUUGCCUCUUUGCGCUGUAAUUUGACCCCUUUAAAAUGCUUCAAAAGUCACCAAACUUGGUGCACACAUAAGGACUGGCGAAUAUUGCGAUCUAAUGAAAAAAACAAACCCCAAAACUCAAAAUUGCGCUCUAGCGCUAUUUUUGAAUAAAACACUGGAAAAACUGCUCCUAGGAAGAAAACACAGACAAAAAUUGCUUGUAACUUCCAGUAAGAAUGUCGGAGGGACAUGAAACGAAAACCUCUAUGUAGGUCUCGCUUAGACCUACAUUUCAUAGAUUGACAACCCCCAACAAAAAUCAACAGGAAGUUUGCAAUCCCCCCAGCAAAACAAAAAAAUUGUAAAAACCGGUCACCUUUCUUCAAACAUUAUGUCCUCUGAGUGCUUCUUUUGUUUUGGCUUCAAACUCGCACAGGAGAGGGAUUGAACCCUUCUGAUUAAAAGUAUAGAACAGAGUUUUGAUAAUUUCUCAGGUUUUGAUUUUACGCGCCUUCAAAGAACCCCUGUGCAAAGUCUCCUAAAAAAUGUCAUUUUUGCCUCUUUGAGCUGUUAUUUGACCCCCUUAAAAUGCUUCUAAACUCACCAAACUUGACACACACAUCAGGUCUGGCAAAAAUUGCGAUCUGAUGAAAAAAACCUAACCUCAAAACUCAAAAUUGCGCUCUACCGCCUCCCUAGGAAUACAACACGGACAAACUGCUCCUAGGAAGAAAACACAGACAAAACUGCUUGUAACUUCCGGUAGGAAUGUCAGAAAGACAUGAAACAAAAAACACUAUGUAGGUCUCACUUAGACCUACAUUUUAAUAAUUAACAUACUUUAGCAAAAAUCAACAGGAAGUUUGAUAUUUUCACUUCAAUACAACAACUGCAUUACUUUCACAAUGCAUUAUAUUCUCAAAAUAGUGGCUCCAAGGCGUCUUCUAACGCUUAUCCGGCCGUGGGUCUCGGGGGCAGCAGCCAAAGGCGGACCCGACCAACGCUGCUUGCAGCUUUAAUUAUUAUUAUUGAACUGUUAUUUGACCCCCUGAACAAGCUUCAAAACUCACCAAAUUUCACACAUUCAUCAGAACUGCCGAAAAUUGCCAUCUAAUAAAAAAAAAACCCUAAAAAUCAAAAAUGCGCUCUAGCGCCCCCUACGAAAAAAACAAAACAGACUGCUUGUAACUUCCAUUAGCAAUGUCGUAGAGACAUGAAACAAAAACCUCUAUAUAGGGCUGACUUAGACUCACAAAUUCAUCAGAACUGGCAAAAAUUGCCAUCUAAUAAAAAAACCAAACCCUAAAAAUCAAAAAUGCGCUCUAGCGCCCCCUACGGAAAAAAAAAAAACAGACUGCUUGUAACUUCCGUUAGCAAUGUCGUAGAGACAUGAAACAAAAAUCUCUAUAUAGGGCUGAUUUAGACCUAGAUUUCAUAAUUGUACUUUCUAGGGCAAAAAUCAACAAAAAUUUUGCAAAAACCCAUUCAAAGCAAAAUUUUCGCAAAAAAAUGCUAUUUUUGCCUCUUUGAGCUGUAAUUUGACCCCCUUAAAAUGCUUCAAAACUCACCAAACUUGGCACACACAUCAGGACUGGCCGAAAUUGCGAUUUAAUGAAAAAACCAAACCGCAAAACUCAAAAAUGCGCUCUAGCGCAAUUUUUGGAUAAAACACAGAAAAAACUGCUCCUAGGAAGAAAACACAGACAAAACGGCUUGUAACUUCCGGUAGGAAUGUCGGAGAGACCUGAAACAAAAACCUCUAUGUAGGUCUCACUUAGACCUACAUUUUAAUACUUUACAUCCUUCAGCAAAAAUCAACAGGAAGUUAAAAAUGACCCCUUCAAAAUAAAAGUUUUGUAAACACCCGUCACCUUUUUUCAAAAGUUAUCUCCUCUGAGCGAGUUUGGCGUUUCGGCUUCAAACUCGCACAGGAGAGAGAUUGAACCCUUCUGAUUAAAAGAGUAGAACAGAGUUUUGAUUACGGCUCCGGUUUUGAUUUUACGCGCCUUCAAAGAACCCCUAGGCAAAGUUUCCUAAAAAAUGUCAUUUUUGCCUCUUCGAGCUGUAAUUUGACCCAUUUAAAAUGCUUCAAAGUGCAAGUUAAAGCUCUACUAUGCCAAGCGAAAGCCAUUUAUCAACAACAUCCAGAAACGCCGAUCUGUAAUUUGACCCCCUUAACAUGCUUCAAAACUCACCAAAUUUUACACACACAUCAGGGCUGGGGAAAAUUGCCCUCUAAUAAAAAAAUCAAACCCUAAAAAUCAAAAUUGCGCUUUAACGCCCCCUAGGAAAAAACACAGACAAAACUGCUUGUAACUUCUGUUAGGAAUGUCGUAGAGACAUGAAACAAAAACAUUUAUGUAGGUCUGCCUUAGACCAUGGCUUGAGUAGCGGCGGCAGCAGCCAAAGGCGGACUCGACCAAUGCUGCUUGCAGCUUUAAUUGUAUUUAUGACAGUAAAUGUGUUGAUCGUUGCCAUGAGCAUGGAAAAUUAUCUUCCCACAUCGUCUGCCAUAUUGAACUGAUCGCCUCCUUUUGACAGUGGUGCAGCCUUUUGUGCGUAACUGUGCCAAAGGAGCUAAAUACAAACGCAAAACAGUUUCAGGUAUGAAAAGUCGCAUUGCGAGCGCAGAACUGUGGUCUAUGGUAAAAGUCAGCCUGUGUUUUAGUACACACAGACCUUGAGAAGAUGAGGGUGUUCCUGUAGAUUCAAAGAACAUCAACUAUCCACACUAUGCUGGCCCUUACUUCAACCCUUUUGCCACAAAUCUCAACGUGUGUGCUGUUUUUCAUUUGGACAUUUUGCUCUGAU